AUGACACACGAGAGCGAGGAAGAAGAGAACAUUGCUCUCGCAGCAGGUGGAAGAGCAGAGAUUGUCGAAGGAAAGUUCAGGGAACUGAAAAUCCCUCGCAAAUUCAACUACGAACGCGUCAAAGCGGCGAGAGCAAACCAAAUGGCGAGAUCUUUGAUCCACGAGGGCCGCGAAUCCGUUUCUACUGCAUGGUUCGCCUGGUAUGUCGACUUUAAUGUGUGGAGCUACAUCCAUGAGAAGUUCGCAAAACAUGGUGAUCACGAGACAUUCCCAUGGAUCGACCUCGAGCCGGCCGUAAAGCCCAAGACCCCCGAAGACGCCUCCGCCUGGUUCAACGGCUUGAAGGACGCCAUCAAGCAAAAGUACGACCUUCCCGCCCUGGAGCGGAAGAAGCUGGGUCUUACAUUGAUGAGACCGGAAAACUACCUUGUACGUGACCUGGACAAAAUCGCUGCGCGUUGGCGUGAAGACACUUGGAACAACGUCUUCCCCGGAAGAGAGCCACCCCACGGCAAGGCCUUUGAAGUCAUCGUUCCGUCUGCCGUCGAGAUGUUCUCGGAUCUGAAGUGGGACGUAACCCAAAAAGCAAACCUUUUCCCGGCUACAAUCUGCUUGACCACAGUCGGACGAGUCCACCGCCGUGGCCACUUUGUCAUGGCUAUUGUUCUCGGUUACAACUCCGGCGUCAUCGACGACCCAGAGAAUAGAUUGAUUCUGGCCAAGACGUACGAUGUUGUCUUGAAGUGUGCCAUAAAUAUCAUCAUCACCGGCAAAAGUACGAAGCUCACCAGAGCUUUCAAGGGAUUCGACCUGCCAGAGCCUGAACUGGAUGAUGAUGGAGAGGAUGCGAUCAUGGGAGGCAUGGGAGACGAGAUGGAGCUCACACAGGAGCAGCUCGCCCUCUGCGCAGAAGGGUUUGAUGUGGUGCCGUUGACUUCCAUUCCGGACUACGCUGUUUUCCGGGUGAGCGAAUGGCUUCAUCGGGAGGUUGGCCGCACGUCGGCAGAGGAUCGCUGCCGUUUGCUCCGGGAUUGGUGCCAGCUUGAGGAUGGCAAGUUUCACCAGAACCUCGAGGGAAUGACUCGAGAGGACCUGCAGAAGGCUUGUCACGAAGCAUGGAUGGAGAAGACGAAUAACUGGAAGGAGACACUCGACCUUACGGUGUGGUCGUGGACUGAAGAGGUAUGCUGGGCGAAGAAGAUUGCGGAGCCGUUUGACUCUUGA